UCUCAUUCUCUUGGGACUUGGCACUGUCCUGUCUCAUCGGUACCAAUUCGGUUGCCAGGAAGGAAGAGUUCACCUAAUUCAGUUGAAUAGAUUAAUUUCUUGACGUCACUGGACUUACCCAACAAUACAAUUUUAUCGGCUACUUAAAUAGUUACACUAAUCGUAACAAAUGCAGUGCCAGCAUACCUAUUAACUGACUAACUUGUUAUUUAGCUUACAUUAACACAUAUUAGUCUACUGGUCUCUACUUUUUGAACCUACGAAAAACUAUUUACGAAUUAAUUUUUUUCUUGAAUAAUUAUUAUUUUUUAGUUAAAAAUUAUGGCAUCAGCUAUAAACAGAAUUGGCUUUCGAUUUACUGUUGGAAAUCAAGGCUCAAAGAAAAUAUGGAGUACAAUUGUUCGCAAUGGAACUAAUUCAAAAUCUUAUUUCACAUAUACACCUCAAGUAUCUCAAAUUCUAGAUCGUGAACCAAAAUGGGUAUCGGCUGAUGAAGCUGUUCAAUGCAUUAAAUCUGGUGAUACUGUUUUUGUUGGCGGUGCUGCUAGUACACCUAUUGAAGUGCUGCGUAGCAUGACUGAUCAUGGCAAACAAAAGCAACUGAAAAAUGUGCGUGUAUGUAGCAUGCACACUGAAUUUGAAUCUCCUUAUUCGGAACCUGAGUGUGCAGACAUUUUUAGACCAACAGCAUUUUUUAUAAGUGCUAAUCUGAGGAAGUGCAUUAAUGAGGGCAGAGGAGAUGCUAUACCACUGUUUCUGCAUGAUAUACCAUAUUUAUUUGAACGUAAACUCAUACCAGUUGAUGUAUCAAUAAUUACUGUGUCGCCUCCAGAUCAUCAUGGUUUUUGUAGUCUUGGUACAAGUGUUGAUUGUAUAAGAUCAGCAUUAAGUCAUUCGAAAGUGAUCAUUGCCCAAGUCAACAAGCAUAUGCCGCGUACUUUUGGUGAAGCUAUUAUUCAUCAGUCACACAUUGAUUUUGCGGUCAAGCAUGAUCGCGAAUUACCAGUUCAUGGUGAUAAAGCACCAACGGCUACUGAAUCUGCUAUCGGCAAGCAUAUAGCUGAUAAUCUAGUAGAAGACGGAGCUACAUUACAAAUGGGCAUAGGUGCUAUACCUGAUGCCACAUUGAGCUGUCUGAAAGACCAUAAAGACUUGGGAAUUCAUUCUGAGAUGUUCAGUAUUGGAGUUAUAGACUUAGUCAGAUCCGGAGUCAUAACAAAUCAUAAUAAAAAAUUGGACCGUGGACUAAUUGUUACUAGUUUUCUGAUGGGAAACCAGAAGUUGUAUGAUUUUGUCGAUAACAAUCCAUUAAUUUGUAUGAGACAAGUAUCAUAUACCAACAAUGUGCACAUAAUAUCUCAACAGCCAAAAAUGACUGCAAUCAAUUCGUGUAUUGAAGUUGAUUUAACUGGCCAAAUUGUUUCUGGAUCUAUUGGUUACAGAAUGUAUUCAGGUUAUGGAGGACAAGUAGAUUUCAUUAGAGGAGCUGCUGAAGGCUUUGAUGGCAAAGGCAAACCAAUUAUUGCUCUAGGCUCUGUUAACCCCAAAACUAAAGAUGAACGGGGUGUACCUACCAGCAAAAUAGUACCAAUAAUUAAAGAAGGAGCUACAGUUGUUACCACCAGUGCUCAUGCUCAUUAUGUUGUGACUGAAUUUGGUGUUGCGUCUUUGUUUGGAAAAAGCUUAAGACAACGAGCACAUGCACUAAUUAAUGUCGCCCAUCCAGACCACAGGGAGUGGUUGGAAAAAGCGUCGUUUGAUCGCCUAAAGGUUAUGCCCAGUGCAUAAUAACCUUAAUGUAUUAUUUACUAUUGUUUCUUUUUAUUAUUAACUUAUUUAUUAAUUGAAUUAAAUAUUAGUGUCUUACACAUGAUAUGAAUUCUAAACAUUAAGUAUUUAUGUGUUUUAUUAAUAUACAUACAAAAAAUAUGGGAUUGUAUAUUUAAAGGCAAAAUUAAUAUACUAUUGUUCUUUUUAUAGCAAAUAGCUAAAUAUAUAUUAUAUACUUGCAUACUACAUAGUACUAAGUUUAAUA